AUGCAAUGCGGCUAUGGAGACGAGCUCUUCCAGGCGUGGAGAGACGGCAAGAUACGGCAAAAGGACUUACCGGAGGAGGUGGUGGCUAUGACUUUGGACCGCUUUGCGAGAGUAGCCCUCCCCGUAACCGACUUUCCCGACUACCAGCGGAAGCUCUCCCUGACGGAUCCGUGUGCCGCGCAGUUCGAUGGGAAAGACAACUACCAUCAGACUGCCGAGUGGCUCACCAAAUUCGGCAUCUUGCGCGUGCACUGGACGCUCGAGUCAAUGCACGGCAAAAACAUCUGCGAUGCGCUGAGCAACCUGCCGUCGAACGCGAUCACUGAGGCGAUCCGGUCGGGCAAUUUCAUAUUCUCCGGCUCUCGCAACGUCGUCCUCUAUCUCGCCAAGGCACGAGCGACCCCGGCUGUCGCGAAGUCGUUCAAGGAGGGCUGGUGGGCGAUCGAGCGCAUCUUCUACGGCUUCUUUCAGCACUCCAAGUUCACCGCCCUUGCCGUCCCCAAGGCUGAUGGCUUCAACGGCUCACACGACGUCCACAUGUUCGCGGGGGAUUGCAAGGAUGCGGCCGCCGCGCGGAAGGAUGGUCUCCUGACCACGCGCGGUAUUCCAUGCGCGUGCCCGCCGUGCAUCGCUCUUCUUUGGGGGGACUGCGAGAUGGUCGCCGUCUUUGGCAGGGUCAAGAAGCAGAAGGCGCCGCGUGCCGCAGGCGAGACGGCCGAGCUGCGGCAGAUGGAGUCGCUGGAGGUGUGGGCCGCGUCGCUCAAGGCGAAGCAGCUGGCCGCUGGCCGCGCAGAUCGGCGCGAGCAGUCGCUCGAGGGGCUCUACUGGCUGGCGGUGCUCAAGGGGAAGGCGUACACGCUGGCCGAGGACACGGUCGUCAACACCGACACCAUCCCCGCGGGCUAUCUCGUGGUCAAGGCGCAGUGGCUCAGGCUCGAGCAACGCGAGUGCGAGGGCAAGCUUCGCUCCUACACGCUGCUCGAGGCCGAGACGCUCAUCAUCGUGAAUCACAUGGCUCGAGUCUCCCUGCGCGCUGCCUACUUUGACCCCCAGACCCCGAAACAGCACGCGCACUGUCCUCCUUUUGCUGGCGGCCAGUAUCAGCCAUCACGGGGGACUGCAAGGCCCGCACAACGCUCGCUCGACUGGUUCCAGCCCGCGAGGGCGGGCACAAUGCCGCUGGAGAUCGCGGUGCACAUGCGCCGCGGUGACCUCCGGAGUGUCGACCCAGGGCGUUUCAUCCAAAUGGACUCGUACAAGCACCCACUGCGCGCCUUGAUCGCCGAGGUUGAGGGGCUGCGCGCAACGUGGGCUCAGCUGGGGAGGCUGCUGCUGCCACAGCUGCAUGUCAUGUCGGAGGGCCUCGCCGCUGACUUUGCAGCGCUCCCGAGAUGGCUCAAUUCCACGUGGCCGGUUCGCUUGCACCUCGACUCGGACCCCCUGGCUACGAUUGAUCACCUCAUCGGCGCCGAUGUACUCGUCGGAUCCAUAAGCAGCUACAGCAACACGGCGAUGAUGUACUCUGCCGGUGUCCACUUGCAGCUGCCCGACAGCCCGACAGCUCACAGUGGCCUGACAGCAGCGCUGACAGCCCGACAGCCCGACGACCAGCCCGACAGCAGCACAGACCUGCGCGAGCUCUCGAUGAGUCAGCGCAGCAACGGGGUCUUCAUCAACGACCCCAAGGGCCUCUUUAUCCUCCGGUGGUACCGUGAGAACAGAGCGUGCAAGUACUACAAGCUGAUAAGCGACAACGAUGGGGAGGCCUUCCGCUGGACCAACAACUACCAGAUCAUCAGCAAGGUGUACCUGAAGAAGCACUCCAACCUUCCUCUCUGCUAUUCAUUCUCUCAGUGCGGCAGACAAGAAGAUCUGGUGACGUCCACCAUGAAGAAGAUGGCGGCGGAUGGCUCCAAAGACGCGCAGCCCAUCCGGGCGCAAGUGCCACACAAAGUGGACCACGAGGCGCCCAAGCACGACCAGGAGUAUUACACGCGGCCUCUGCUGCCGCCACCAGAGAAAAUUCUCUUAGACGCCUUCAAAGACACGAUACGGAUGUCGAUCAAUGUGCCGCUCGCCAAGCUGGCGCUCGAGAAAGGCAUGGAGAUUCCAGCGCCGCCUGGGCUGCACUAUCGGAUCAAGGCGGACCCGAAGCUGCCCCACGCGGACAGGCACUUGCGGGGCAACGAGAUGGCUGGGAGGCUUCCACGAUUGUCCAUGACAUAUCAUGUGGCAUGGCACAGGCACCUCGUGAUCGAGGAGAUGUCUUUUACGCUCGGCAACAUCAAGGCGUGGUCGACCAACGGCGCCUUUGCGCUGAAGGACAGCGCCGGGCGGUACAAGAUCACGUCGCGACCCGGCGGCAUCGAUGUGCGCGAGGUGUCGGCCCUCCUCAACCUCGGCGCCACGGUGCGGCUCCGCCCCAUCAAGCUUGUACUCGAAGGCGGGCUUGGGUUCCGCGCCCUCUCUGUGACGUUGGACAAAACCCCCAUCGGCAUCGAGGAUGCCGUCGUGCAACUGCGCUUCUCCUUCUCUCCCAACUUCUCAGAGAUGUGGCUGGCCAUCGGCUUCGUCGACAAGCCAAAGAUCACCUGGGACGUCGACUUCCGCCUUUUCGGGAUCCCUUUCCCCGACCUCCUCGAGGACACCCUGCCCCAGCAAAUCAUUGCCAACCUGAUCCAACGAAUAAGCACGGACCACCCGUUGCCUCUCUGCAUCGGUGGCCUGUCCCUGUUCGACAAGUCCAUCGUGGAGAACAUAUCGGACGCCGGGAUUGACAACAACCUCGGGGCAUGGGGAGUGGGCUUCGGCGUGGACACCGCCAGAGAUAUCGCGUGUUGCGGCUGCUGUGGCAGGACCAGGUGA